GGUUUUUUGAUCAUUCCCCAGGUUCGCAGAUCUCUCUCACUCUUCAGUCGUCUUCAUACCUCGACCCAGUAGAACAACGAUCCACCAUUCUUUCCCGUCCAGAUCCGGCAUUAGGGUCGAACCGCCGAGUCAAGCGAGCCCCAAUGACUCAGACUUGGCGGUUGACCAUCCGCAGAUACAUGUUGAACAAGCGUCUCAGAUUCUCCAGGAUAGCCAUUCUUGCUUUCGUGAUUGUCCUAUGGUUUACCUUCAUCGGAGUACCGGGAUCAUCUGGUCAAGAUGACUUGAGCCAGACGGACCCAGCUGCUUUGUAUCGUGCUGGACCGCCUCGAUCGGAGGACGCAGCUCAUUCCUCUAGCUCUGGAUGGUCCACUUUAUUCGGUAGAUCCAAGCCAGUCAAGAAACAUCCUAUAGAGCUAUUGAUACAGAGGGCCGAGAAACAGUGGGAGGACGUCAAUAAGAGGCAAUCCAAGACGCUGAAAUCGGCAUUCCACGAAUAUCAGAAACGAUUUGGGCGACUACCACCAAAAGGAUUUGAUACUUGGUGGAAGUUCUGCGAGCAGAACCAUGUAAAGAUACGUGAUGAUUACGACCAAACUUAUAACGAUGUCGCACCCUUCUUCGCCCUAUCCCCAGAGACCUUUAGAGCCCGGGCUCAAAAGCUCGUCGACACUCAAAGCACAUACCAGCUUAAUCUCAUCCCCGGCAACUGCUCCAUAACUGGGGACAGAGCCGGCUCGGCGCGUGGCAAGCUCUUGUUCAGGCUCAUCGCUCCUCUCGUGGACCUCUUGCCUGCUCCCAUCACUUUCUCCAUGUCUGAUCACGAUCUGGGGUCCUGGCUCGUCGCGGAUGACCAACGCAGACAUCUGAACGAAGCAAUCUCGCAGCAACGAUUCGUAACGGAGCAAGAGCUUGCUCCGUUUGAGAAACGGAUAGGCAGGGUGGUCGUGAAGGGACUGACGUCGGCAUGCCCAGAGGACUCUCCAGGCUGGCAGUAUGGUCUAGCUCAACUUGAUGGAGGAAUGUUACCACCCCCCAGGACUGAUGAAGUUACGUUCCUUCACGACAUGGACAUGACCAGGGACUUUUGCCUCAAUCCGUCCCUUUUGGCAGUACACGGAGCUUUAUCUUGGGAUGUGCCCCGUGACACUAUUCUUCGCCCGAUUGGACAAUUAUCAAAAUUCACUCGCAAUGCAGAAUUCCUCACAACUCCCCUCGAAGCAUACGAAAACCUCACGGAUCCCAAAGCGGCAUCGAAAUAUACCCCUUGGGAGUCGAAGACCGUGAACAAAUUGUUUUGGCGAGGGAGUACCACUGGUGACUCGUAUUGGAAGAGAGAUGGUUAUGAUUGGCGAAAUAGUCAUAGACCCAAGCUCGCUCUCAUGGCGCAGGCUUCGGCUUCGGAGACGAAUCAUCAAGGUCACCCCACUACGAAUCCCAAAAUCAAUGUCUGGGUAGAGAGAGGUAAUGACGCCAAAAUGGAAGAGUGGGAUCUAGGAGUGUUGAACGAUCGAUACAUGGAUGUUGGGUUAACGGGCAAACCGCACCAGUGCCGAGAGGCCGAUGGGACCUGUGCAGAAAUGGCUGAAGACAUCAAAUUCAAGGAACGGAUCUCACCCGAGGUUGCCUCCCGGUUCAAGUACAUGCUGGAUGUGGAUGGCAACGGAUGGUCUUCGCGUUUCCACCGUCUUCUGACCUCUGGCAGUGUGGUUCUGAAGGCGUCUUUGUAUCCCGAGUGGAAUUCGGCUUGGCUCACACCGUGGUAUCAUUAUGUGCCGGUCCAGCUUGACUAUUCUGAUCUGUACUCCAUCAUGGCCUUCUUCGUAGGACCGCCAGACUCAUCUGCAAUCAGUUCGACUGAGGCCGCUUCUGGAGCUGGCAAGAAGGGGCAUGCGAGCCCUCAAGUCGGUCACGAUGACCUUGCCAAGCAGAUUGCUCUACGUGGCCGGCAAUUCGGCGAAGAGUAUUGGAGGUGGGAGGACAUGCAGGCGUACAUGUUGAGAUUGUUGUUGGAGUAUGCUCGUCUGCAAGCUGAUGAUCGGGAAAAUUGGGUUUAUAGAGGUUGAUUGGGCUAUGAUGCGUGGCGAUUCCAGAGCCGCUAUUUUAGGUAUCCUGCAUUGUUGAUCUUACUCGUCAUAUGCAUGCCAUAUUCACAG